AAAGACGGGGCGACCUCUGCACACGAGCCGAGAGGCACGGCCUCCCGCGCUCCGUCUCCUCCGUGCCAGCAUGAGGGCCGGCUUCGUGCCCUGGGCGGCGGCUCUGCUCCUGCUGCCACCUGUGACGGCGGCCUCUUCAGGGGACGCGGGGCCCGAAGGAGCGCUGCAGCUUCAGAUCAUCAACUUUAAUUUUGAGGCUGUGCAGGUUACCUGGAAUGCAAGCAAACAACACUCCGGGACAAAUCUGACUUUCGUCUACAAACGAAGCAGCGACGGGACCCGCAGCCGGUGCUCCCGCUACAUUGUUCGGCGAGGCCGCACGGCUGGCUGCCUCCUGGAGGCCAACAAGGAUGAAAUUCUGUGCUUUUCCAUUGCGAACGGAGCCGAUGUCCUUCUCAGAAAGUGUGAAUGGCUCAGCGCUUACCUGAAACCCAGCUCCCCGAAAGACUUGAACUUCUGGUGGCGCCGAGAAGCCGUGACUGUCACCUGUUCUGACCUGCCCUACAAACGCCUCCUCUAUGAGAUCCAAUACAAGAGCGUAUUCGACACUGAGUGGCAGUCCAAGGAGGGAGAAACCUGCAACGUUACGAUGGAAGGCUUGGACUCUGAGAAAUGUUACUUCUUCCGGGCGAGAGUGAAAACCAUGGAGUCCAGCUACGGCUCUGACACAUACCCCAGUGACUGGUCAGAGGUGACGCACCAGCAGAGGGGGGAGCUGAGAGAUUCGUGCCCGGAGAAAAAGCUUUUCCCCAAAUUCAUCUUAAUUUGUGGCCUGGUGGCCUUGCUGACCGUGGCCCUUCUCCUCCUGUCUUUAUGGAAAGUACGCAGACUCCAGAAGUUCCUCAUGCCCAGCGUGCCAGAUCCCAAACUCACCUUCCCUGGGCUCUUUGAAUACCAUCAGGGUAACUUCCAGGAGUGGAUCAAGGACACCCAGAACGUGGCCCACGUGCACAAGAUGGAGGGCGCGGAGCAAGAGUGUGGCCCGGAAGACGCCCUUGUCAUCCAAGUACAGAAGGCGGAGGCCGAGGCGCCCAUCAUGAAGACCGGCCUGUCGUGCCCACCGACGGAGGAGGAAGAGGCCUCGGGGGACCCCAGCCAGCUCCCGGGCCAGCCCCCACACGGGAGCGAGGUGGUCUCUCUUGAGGGCUUUACCUUUGUGAUAGGUGACAACUCAUAUAUGCUGUUAUGAGGGGGUGCAAACUCAAAAGCGAGCAUUGGGGUCUAGCUGACAUUAUAGGAUCGAGGGGGAGCGUCUCAGGGACUCAAUACGACCGCAAAGGGAACACCAAUGACACCUGUGGGUGGGGGUCACUGAAGACCCUAAGUGCCCCGCCGGGACUGUCCGUGUGUCACAUGUCAUCCCGCGGACGCCGCUGGGCCAGGGCUUGUGGGCAGAUGCGCUGUGGAAGGGACACCGUCAGUCGGAGCGUUUCUGGUUUUCAGCUCACAUGUGCGUGUGGCUGACUCCUCCCCGUGAGUCGUGAAGGAGGUUGGCCAGUGUCCCCGGAAAUCAUCUUCCUCUGCGCACAUCGCCCGGUGGCCGCCCGGACACUUGUGUUGUGAGCGCUCCGGCAGCCCUCUCGUGACGUACGCGGCUCACAUACCCAGCAAGGAGCACUCUCCGCCCCGUGGGGAGGAAAGGAAUCCUGCUUUAUAGAUGCCCACGGCCACGGAGCUCCCGCUCUCGGACGGGAAAACACCCACUUUUCAGCGACCGGAGCGUUUCCUUCAGGUGUCCACACUCACGGUGUCCACACUCACGGAAUUUACACCAGAGAUGGUGGGGCUCCGACUGCCGUAUGCGGUCACCGAAAUCGUCUUUCCGUGAGCACGUAUCACGGCCUCCUUGCGUCCAUGGAAAUAAAGCAAGAAAAGGAAGACUCGGAAUGAGAGCUUUACUGAGUCUUCCGUAUGUUCGUGUAGACGGUGGAGAACACCACCAGUUUUCCCGCCGGGCUCUUCAAGUACGGAGAUUAUCGAGAUCUGGGUUCUUUGGGCGGGUGCUGGGUGUAGCUCGUCUGUCUCUGGUCUCCGCCUGUUGCAGUAAACAAGUUUGGAGUC